CAUAUAUAUCACCGGAGGUGAAACAUUUACCAUUCAUCUGAUGGUGAGAGCUGGAAGAGGCGUUGUACUUCCAUGGCGCAUAAUAGCGAGCUGAUGAUCGAUCCCAGAAGUGGGUUCUGCAAAUCGAACUCCAUUUUUUACAGUAAACGUAGACCCCUUUCUCUGCCACAGAACGAAUUUAUAGACGUCGCCACCUUCAUCUCUUCUCGCCCACACCAAGGAAAGACGGCGUUUAUCGAUGCCGCCACUGGCCGCCGCCUCACUUUCACCGAUGUCUGGAGAGCUGUUGAUUCGGUGUCGUCGUGUCUCUCCGAGUUGGGGAUUCGGAAAGGUGACGUCAUCCUAUUGCUGACUCCCAACUCCAUUUUCUUUCCGAUUGUUUGUCUCUCGGUGUUGUCUCUCGGCGCCGUGGUCACCACGACGAACCCGCUCAACACGCCUCGCGAAAUCGGCAAGCAGAUUGUCGACUCCAAACCGGUUCUCGUUUUCACAACUCAGUCACUCGCGCCUAAACUCACUGGGUCGAAUCUUCCCAUUGUGUUGAUGGGAGAACACGGCGACUAUCAUGCUGGAGCUGAGGUUGUGGGUUCUUUAGACGAAAUGAUAAGGAAGGAGCCGAAUGGGAAGCGAGUCGGGGAGCGAGUGAAUCAGGAGGACGCGGCGACUCUGCUCUACUCGUCCGGCACGACCGGCGAGAGCAAGGGGGUGGUGUCGUCGCACAGAAACCUCAUCGCCAUGGUUCAGAGCAUCGUGAGCAUGAACAGCUUUGAAGAUGAAGAGGAGAGCUUUGUCUGUUUCCUUCCCAUGUUCCACAUGUACGGUCUAGGGGCGUUCGCACUGGGGAGGCUGGCGCGCGGAUCAACGGUUAUCGUGCUUCCGAGAUUCGAGAUGAACGAGAUGCUCACUACCAUCUCCAAGUACCGAGCCACUUGCCUCCCACUCGUGCCGCCCAUACUGGUGGCGCUUGUGAACGGCGCUGAUCAGAUAAAGGCCAAGUACGACUUGAGUUCGCUACAGUAUAUUAUAUGCGGUGGAGCCCCACUGAGUAAGGAGGUGAUAGAGGAGUUCUUGGAAAAGUACCCAAACGUUAACAUUCGUCAGGGAUACGCACUGACGGAGUCGACCACAGUCGGAGCGUCGACACAUACUCUGGAGGAGAGCCGGCGGCAUGGAACAGCGGGUCUGCUGUCGCCGAGCAUGGAGGCGAAGAUCGUGGACCCGGAAAGUGGAAAGGCAUUGUCGGUGAAUCGGGCGGGAGAGCUUUGGCUGAGAGGUCCCACCAUUAUGAAAGCAGGUUACUUCAGAAAUCCAGAAGCCACUGCAUCGGCUCUGGACUCAAACGCAUGGUUAAGGACCGGAGACCUCUGCUACAUUGACGAUGAUGGGUUCCUUUUCGUGGUUGAUAGGUUGAAGGAGGUGAUCAAAUACAAAGGAUAUCAGGUUCCCCCAUCUGAACUAGAGGCCUUGUUGUUGACUCACCCAGAGAUAGUUGAUGCCGCUGUUGUACCAUUCCCGGAUAAGGAGGUUGGACAGUAUCCAAUGGCAUACAUUCAUAGGAAAGCUGGAAGCUGCUUGUCCGAGGAUGCUGUCAUGGACUUCAUAUCUAAACAGGUGGCUCCAUAUAAGAGAAUUCGGAGAGUUGCAUUUGUAGCUUCCAUUCCCAAGACUCCAUCUGGCAAGAUCCUUAGGAAGGAUCUCAUUCAACUUGCAACCUCCAAACUUUGACAUAUCAAAUUUGAAUUUGAUUAGAAUGGAGUGAAUUUAUCUUUAA